GCAACUGGGGAUUAAGGAUCCUGACCAAGAACCCAAUGGUGAAAUCAUUUUAACCACAGGCUUCCAGUCGACGACUUUCCAAUGAUGGGUACAGGGUCCUGUCCUUCUGAACCACAUGUCAUAUCGCAGGGUAGCAGCCAGCUUGGAGUCUAUUCCAGAAAGCAGAGGGUACAAGGCAGGGCACACCCUGGAUGGGAUAUGUCUGUCCCAGGAUAUACAAUUAUAUAUUCUAAGGGAACUUUGAAAACCCAAUUCACGUUGGGAUGCAAAUGUACAGCUGUUGGGAGGAAACUCACAUGGAAGACAUACAUAUGCAAGGGGCCAGCCACACCCACAUCCCUGUAGGUAUGAGACUAUAGUAAUAUGAAUGUAAGUGUUAAAACAUUAUUCUGAGUUAAGGAGUGAAAAGAAUGAAGCUCAUAAAAAUUAUAUAUAAUUUCAUUUUUUAUUGACUUGAUUCUUUUUGAUAGAUAGAUAGAUAGAUAGAUAGAUAGAUAGAUAGAUAGAUAGGUUUUUAGGUGGCCUCUCAAAUGUACAUUUGUUUAGGCUACUUUGUGUGAGUCAUUCUUUGUCACAUCCUUAUAUUCACUUACUUCUUGUAAAACAGUUCAUGCAUGUUUACAUGCAUUUUAACCAUGUCUAAGAAAGACAACAGAAAUCUACAUUCAUUGUAAUACAAAAUGGCACAUAAUGACGGAGAGGAUUUGGUUAUUUUUAAUAAAUCUCCAUAAGUUACUAAAAUACAUGCAGCAUGUGAACAUGACCUAGAAAUAACGUGUGAUGUUCUCAACUUCCUAUAAAAUAUGAAUAUGUUGGUAGAAAUGGAUAUGCAAAUUACAGAGUACGUGGCAUUUUCUCACAAAGCAAUAGUUCUCUUAUUAGAUACUUGUAUAAAUAGUUGCGUGUUGUUACCGAUUGGCAUUCAAGAGUUAAGCAAUCCGUUUUUAAACAAUCUUAAAACUGUCACGGACUAGAAUGGAAUGAAGGAAAUGUAUAGUCAGCUUGCGACUCACGUACAUUCAAAGAAUAACUGGUAUAAAUGUAUGUGAACGUGGAUGGAAAACCAUGUGACAUGGAGAGCCUACACAGCUUCAAACUGAGCUGAGCAAACUCUGGAAGCGGUCAGCAUGACCCCUGAAUCACCACGUCGUCCAGACUCACCUGUAUUUUAAAUAUAGCGUGCCUCUAAAUCACAGUGUGCAGUACAGGUGGCUGAAUGUGUAUAGUCGCCAAAAGGACAAUAACCCCUGUUUGACCAGGAAAUAACGCAUUCUUUGCUGAAUAUUACUAAAUUAUAGAAAAAUACAACAAGGACAAAAAAGAAAAAUUAUUAAACACGAGGUAACAAUGAUGUAUUAUCCAUACGUCCGUCUUCCAGUUGCUACUGCUUGUCAGGGUCAUAGGGAUAAGAUCAGAUAUGUUCAUCUUGCCAUUACAUUUUUUGCUAUGAUUAGUCAGAAAAACAUUAAUUUCCUUUCAUUCAAUGGUCAGACAUUAUAAAUUAAUGUGAAUUCAUAUUCUGCGGUAUCAGCUAGGGUUUCCAAACGCGCAUCUAGAGUCGGCUUUCAGACUCUGACGUACACGCAAAAAAUCUUACAGCAAAUCUAUAUUUUUCCAUUGUAAACCUAAAAUUAGCUACAUCAAAAGCGCCGGGGUAGUUUGCAAACCAUACAUACUAUAAUUGCUACAUAUAUGUAAAUGUGUGUGCAAACUUACUCCAACCAGUUGAGCAAAGUUGGCAGCCCUGCCAUACGGUAUUUAUAUCGCAGUAAAUAGGUGGCGUGUAAUCAGCCGGCACCCCCGUCAUGGCGGCGCGCCGCGCCGGCAGGCCUGCGCAGGAGUCGGGGGAGUGUCUAUUCCAGCUCCCUGCAGAGCGCCUUGGCCAAGAAAGCCGUGCUGGGCGGAAACGUAAUCUGUAGCCUGCUGUCGUGUGGGUAAGAAGGAAGGUUAAAUAUCCAAAUCAUGAAAGCGAUCAUUCAGAGGGUUUGGAAAGCGAGCGUGACGGUUGGAGAUGAGCAGGUCAGCACCAUCGGCCGCGGCCUCUGCGUCCUGUUGGGCAUCUCGGUGGAGGACACGCAGAGGGACGUCGAGUACAUGGUGCGGAAAAUCCUGAACAUACGGCUCUUCGAAGAUGAGAAUGGACGAGCCUGGAGUCGCAGCGUCAUGGACCGGGAGCUGGAGGUGCUGUGUAUCAGUCAGUUCACGCUCCAGUGCUACCUAAAGGGUAACAAGCCGGACUUCCAUUCAGCCAUGCCGGCUGAACUGGCACAGCCAUUUUACACCAGCAUGCUGGAGCAGAUGAGGAGCACUUACCGGCCCGAACUCAUCAAAGAUGGUCAGUUCGGAGCGUACAUGCAGGUGCACAUCCAGAACGAUGGACCCGUCACCAUCGAGCUGGAGUCUCCCACCGGACCCAUGGACUCCAAACAGCUGGCCAAGCAAGAGAAGCAGCAGCAGAGGAAGGAGAAGACGCGCCCGAAGCCGCCGUCCGAGUCGGGGAGGGAGAAGGCAGCCUCACGGCCGAAGGUGGACCCCAGCGCUAGCAGUGGGGCAGAGGGAGACGUGUCCUCUGAGAGGGAACCGUAGGCACCACCCCGACGGCGGCUUUGUUGGGACUACUGAAGUACCCAGAAUGCUCUGCAGGGCUGUCACCCUCUGUGACGGCCAUCUUACUUUUGAUUUUACGUAUUUAUUUAUUUAUCCCUUCGGAACAUCACUCUCUGGGGAUCACGCCAUGCCAGGAGGCCACAGGGUACCGUCCUGCUCUUGCUCUUCCUCGUCAAGGGGGAUGUAGGCAGACACAGCAAAAAUUAAAUUAAGAAUCGACCUGAAAAUGUGGAAUUAUGGCAGCCAAAGCAAACCAAGGGAAGCUUAUUAGGGAACAGCUGUGUAUUUUUUGCCCCUUAUUUAGGUCCUGGUUUUUGUUUGUUAAUUGAUGUUAUGUUGGCUCUUGUAAAAUGGGCAGUUUGAGACCUGAGAACAUUCUGUCUCGGUUAUGCUACUGGCAGCCAUGAAUAACACUGAAUUUCCAUGUGGUAGACUAGAUAAUAAUUAGAAAAUAUUACUAAUGUCUGGCAGGAAUAUUGACUGUUCCUAUCAUUAAAAUUUAUUAUUAGGGCAAUUGCUUAUGUUACAAUACUGACCAAAUCAAUAUUUUUAAGGUCUUUGGUAUGGCAUUCAUUUCUAACUAUACUUUGAUUUCUCAGCCAACCUGCAUAUUUCAAAAAGUGAUUCUUAUAAUGAUCCUUAAUUUCUGAUUUAUUACAACAUCUAAAAUUUACAUCACCAAAAAGCACAGAACAGUCCAGUCCAUGCUAAGCACGCUUCAGUUCAGAUGGCUAAACUGACAGGUCACCUGCCCAUUUCCCACAUUUACGAAGGGGUUUUGUUUAUACUGAAAAGCAUUGAGUUGUUUUCAUAGGAAGCUCUCAUCAUGUGCAACUAUGUAGUUGUCUUACUAUGGGCUGUAUUCUGUUUGCUCUGUGUGCAUGUGUGUGAGAUCGAGCCUAAUUCCCAACUCAGGAAGCCUUACACUGGCUCAAAGGACCGAGAAACACACAGACAUGCUCAGUGGUUUCUAGGUUAAGCUGUACUCCCCCCCCCCCCCCCCCCCCCCAACUGCCCCCUGCUGCCUGGGAGGGACGUGGCGGCUCUCUUUAAGCAUUGCCUAUGAUGUAGGAUCUUGCGCCUACUGGCUUAGACACACAUGGUGCUUCUUUGUGUUGUGACGCCCUGCAGUGUGUAGUGAAGCCUUCUGUGUUUGUGCAUGAAGUUGAGUAGGUCUGUCUGGGCCACUGGGGGACUGUAACUCUGGAGGGCGGUAAGACCUGGGACCAGCUUUGCUCCUUUUCCAAUCAAAUGCUCUCUUCUGAUUUUUCAGCACAAAAAUAAAAGCUUCUGAAUCAGUUAUUUAUCACAUAAAAUUGCCUGUGUGUAGUUUACUGUGUGACCUACAGGUAUUAUUAGUUAGCAUUAUUUACUAUACAUGUGUGCAUACUAAAUACACAUCAUACUGUUCGCUAAUUACGUUCCUCAUUCUGGAAAGUAUGUACUGAAAAUUGAAAAAAUGUGCUAGUAAACUUCACACUAGAAGUUCAAAGCCUGACAAUCAGUAAUGGAUCCCUUUUCCUUAAAUUCUUUGUGAUAUAGCCUCUGUGCGUAUGGUGUAAUAAAUAUGGAUCCCUUUCCCUUUAUCCUUUUUGUGAUACAGCCUCUGUGCGUAUGGUGUAGUAAAUGUGGAUCCCUUUUCUGUGAUCCCUUUUGUGAUAUAGCCUCUGUGCGUAUGGUGUAGUAAAUGUGGAUCCCUUUUCUGUGA